GGAAGAAAAGAGAGAAAGAGAUACUGAGAUGGAGCAUGAUGGGAAUAGGAAUAGCAGAAUCAAUCCAACAAGUGGGUUUUGUAGCUCCAAUUCAAUCUUCUACAGCAAGAGGAAACCCCUCCUACUUCCUCCAAAUCAGUCCUUAGAUGCCACCACCUUUAUCUCCUCCCGCGCCCAUCACGGCCACACUGCUUUCAUCGACGCCUCCACCGGCCACCACUUUACCUACCAACAACUUUGGAGAGCCGUCGAUGCUGUCUCCUCCUCUCUCUCCAACAUGGGAAUCAAAAAGGGUGAUGUUAUCCUCCUCCUUUCUCCUAACUCCAUUUACUUCCCUGUGGUGUGUCUCAGUGUCAUGUCCCUCGGCGCCAUCAUCACCACCACCAAUCCCCUCAACACAGUACAUGAAAUCGCGAAGCAGAUCGCGGAUUCCAAACCUGUCCUCGCCUUUACAACCUCGCCCCUCGUUUCCAAAAUCAAUGCAGCAUCGCCAACUCUUCCAAUUAUUCUUAUGGAAGCCGAUGGGAACUCGACAUCAUCAAACACACUGGAGGAAAUGAUGAAGAAAGAAGGUCAAUCCUAUGAUGACACGUGGACUAAAAGUUCUGGACCGGCCAGAAGACCAAAGAGAGAGCAAGUCAACCAAGACGACACAGCUACUCUACUCUACUCAUCUGGAACAACAGGACCAAGCAAAGGAGUAGUAUCUUCACAUAGAAACCUCAUAGCAAUGGUUCAAAUUGUAUGUGCUAGGUUUAACCACGAAGAAUAUGAGCGGGGAAAUACAUUCAUAUGCACAAUUCCCAUGUUUCACAUAUACGGUCUAGCAAUGUUCGCUGGGCUUCUCUCUUUAGGUUCAACAAUCGUUGUUCUCUCCAAGUUCGAAAUGCAUGACAUGCUUUCAUCCAUUGAAAAGUUCAAAGUCACGUUCCUACCGCUUGUGCCACCCAUAUUCGUCGCUAUGCUCAACAAUGCUGAUGCGAUUAAGAGAAAAUACGACUUGAGUUCCCUUCAUACGGUGCUAUGCGGUGGGGCUCCUCUUAGCAAAGAGGUUACUGAAGGGUUUGUUGAUAAGUACCCUAAUGUUGCCAUCCUUCAGGGUUAUGGUCUGACAGAAUCCUUUGGAGCUGGGGCUUCUACUGAUUCUUUGGAAGAGAGUCGUAAGUACGGCACGGCGGGGCUUUUGUCUUCCUCCAUUGAGGCUAUCAUUGUUGACACUGAAACUGCUAAACUGCUUCCAGUUAACCAGACCGUUGAGCUUUGGCUCAGGGGUCCUACCACCAUGCAAGGUUAUUUAAAUAACGAGGAGGCAACAAAAUCAACCCUUACUGCAGAGGGUUGGUUAAGAACUGGGGAUCUUUGCUAUAUUGAUAGUGAUGGAUUCUUAUUUGUGGUUGAUAGGUUGAAAGAGCUAAUUAAAUACAAAGGGUAUCAGGUCCCUCCAGCUGAACUAGAGGCUUUGUUGCUAACUCAUCCUGCAAUUUUAGAUGCUGCUGUCAUACCCUAUCCAGAUAAGGAGGCUGGGCAGUAUCCAAUGGCAUAUGUGGUAAGGAAGGAUGGAAGUAACAUAUCAGAAAGCCAAGUUAUGGAAUUUGUUGCAGGCCAGGUGGCUCCGUACAAAAGAAUUCGAAAAGUUGCAUUCAUACCUUCCAUACCUAAAAAUCCGUCUGGUAAAAUUCUUCGGAGGGAUCUCAUCAAGCUCGCUACUUCUAAACUCUGAACAGUUUUCUAAAAAAGGCAUCUAAACUCUGAACAGCUGAGCGUUUAACUGUAAGGUAGCAAAUCCUUGUGAUUUUGCGAUAAUAAAUAUUGACUUUGAAUGAAUUUAUUUUAAUAAAGUGAGUUGAAUUUGAAA